AUGGCGUCGAGCUUGGAGCACAUGGCGGACAACCUCACCUCCGCGAACUUUGAUAAGUUUCGGGAAGUCACGAAACUGUUCGCCCCGUCGGAGAUGUCGUUGAUCAUACGAAAAGGGGUUUAUCCGUACGAAUACACGGAUUCGUGGGAUAAAUUACAAGUACCAUCGUUACCUAAUAAGUUUCAAUUCUACAGCGCGUUGACGGAGAUACACUUAUAUGAUGAAGAUUACGAUCACGCGAUCCGGGUGUGGAAUCAUUUCGACUGCACAAUACUCGGCGCUUAUAGCGAUCUGUAUCUUAAAGCCGAUGUGUUCUUAAGUGCCGACGUGUAUGAAAGUUUCAGAGAGAUAAAUGCAUGA